CAAGAAUUAAGUUGACUUGCAAUUUCAGUUUCUGAAUUUUUAUGAUGGACUCGAAUGAUUUUAAUAAUCAACCUGAAUGUUCAUUUACCCGUAACACUUUCAGGGCUAGAAGUCAGUCUAUCACGGAAUACCUAGGAGCAAGAUGGAGACGCGUAUCUAUGAGUGAUGAUGACGUUAUUUGCGGAAAGCGCCGUUUGGUUGCCAAGAAUGGGGACCGCAAUAUCAUACAAACUGAUAUACAUCGGCGAGGACAUAGUUAUCUGGCAGACAUCUUCGUUACCCUGGUAGACACACGAUGGAGGUUUAUACUCCUCAUGUUCCUUAGUGGAUUCAUAUUGUCAUGGAUAGCGUUUGCGCUAUUGUGGUGGCUUAUUCUGCUCGCCCGUGGUGACUUUAACCACGUUGGUGAUAAUGACUGGACUCCAUGUGUGGACGAGGUGGUUGAUUUCCCGACAGCUCUCCUAUUCAGUAUCGAGACUCAACAUACUAUUGGGUAUGGCAGCAGGGCGACUACAUCUAAAUGCCCUGAAGCAAUCAUCCUCAUGAUGCUUCAGUCAGUUGGAGGGACACUUAUGACCGCUAUUCUUACCGGUAUUGUCUUCUCCAAGAUUCAGCGUCCAAAGCGACGUUCUCAAACGUUAAUCUUCAGUAAGAACGCCGUCGUCUGCAUGCGUGAAGGCAACUUGUGUUUACUCUUUCGUGUCGGUGAUAUGAGGCGCGAGCAUAUGAUUGGGACACACAUCAGGGCAAUAAAAGUAAAGAAAAGCGUCACGAAAGAGGGCGAGGUCCUCCCGUUGUGCGAACAGGAUGUUGCCUUUCACGUACCACCCAAUGGGGUCCUUUUCCUGGUAUGGCCCGCCAUGGCCUGUCAUAUUAUCGACAAGAACAGUCCGUUCUAUCACAUCUCUAAGGAGGAUCUUAAACGUGAUAAAUUCGAGCUUAUUGUCAUCAUGGAAGGAAUCAUUGAAUCUACAGGAAUGACUACCCAGGUCAGAACAUCAUACCUUCCAUCCGAGAUACUUUGGGGACACCGUUUCAGACGCCUUACCAUGUAUCAAAAAGACACUGGUGAGUAUCAAAUACGAUACAACAAUUUUCAUUCUUCGGUACCUGUUGAUACGCCCUCCUGUAGCGUCAGGGAGAUGACUGAAUAUCCCGACAUUGCCAUGGUUUCGACAACUUACUAUCAGUCCGACAACGAAGAAACUAUCCCACAACAGCAUGUGCCUACUUAUCCGCCGAUUCCAAGUUUUAACAGAAGUGUAAGUUUCGAAGAGCAAGGAAAUACAGUUCACGAGGACAGUGACUUCGUUUUUGAAGACAUUGAUUCAGAAAUAACGGAAAGUAGCAAACUAAUAACAACAGACUCAAGCGAUCAAACAACAAGUGAACAAGUAACUGAUCCAAACAUCACUAAACUGACUCAAGUUAGAGACGAGGAUUUGAACACACCACUGGUCCUUAAGCGUUCAAAGGGGAAUAAAGUGUUCACGAUCGAGAAAUCUAAAAAUGACCCUUACAUUAAUAAACCAAAUCCACCCAAUCCUGGCAUCAUAAAAUUUAAUGCCAGUAAAAUGGGUAGUGGAAAUGGCACAAUUCCAAAUAAAUUGGUAGGACGUAAGGUGCGUAGUACUUGUGCCACUUCGGACAAGCUUGGCACUCAUUUAUCAGGAAAAACACAAGACCUCAAUCUUAAUGACGUUACCAAGGCAACGGAGAAAAAUACUUUGAAAAAUAGGGAUCUGAUUACCGUCAUUUGAAGGAAUGCACUCAGAACAGGGAAAUUUCGGAAUUUAAAAGAAAUCUUAUUUUGAGCAAGAUUUGUAUGCAUAUGGAUUAGUCCCGAGGUUAGGCUAUUGUAGAUAACUUUACAAUGAGAGUGCACGGAAAUUUAAUAAAUCAGAUUUAGUCUACUGUAGUUUAUGUACCGUAUUUACAAGUCUACAAGAUCAUUUCAGACAGCGCAUAGGGUGGUGGUGCAGUCUGGGUGGUGUUCAUAGUUACAACUUUAAUGAACAGAAAUUAAGAUGUCACAU